AAACAGUGACGUAGGAAGAUGCCGCUCAUCACGCAUCCUCUCCUUCCAUUUUUGUGCUACUGGCUAGCUUGCUAAGCAAGGGGUCUCCAUCAGCAGGAGGCGGAGAAGACUGCAGGCAAGCAGAGAGAGGCAGUCAAAUCAAGAGACUGAACCUUCCCUGGAGAACCGGGGAGCCCUUACACACAGGAAACCGUUAUUAGAAAGGCUGCACGAUGUCCGAUUUUGACAGCAACCCGUUCGCAGACCCGGACUUCAGCAAUCCCUUUCAGGAUCCUUCGGUGACGCAGGUGACCCAGUCUGCCCCUCCUGGUGGUCUGGAGGAGUAUAACCCCUUCACAGACGCCAGAACGGCGGCCCCUGGGAAUGCCCCCAAAGCUACUCCUGCCCCCUCCCAGAACACACAACCUGCCAUCAUGAAGCCCACAGAAGAGCCACCAGCUUACACACAGCAACAGACUCAGCGGCGUAAUGAGGACCAAGCGCGUGCUCAGGCUGAGUUGUUAAAACGGCAGGAGGAGUUGGAGAAGAAAGCCGCAGAGCUUGAUCGCCGGGAGAGAGAGUUACAGUCCCACGGGGCGGCGGGAGGCCGUAAGAACAACUGGCCUCCCCUGCCAGAGAAGCUCCCCGUUGGGCCAUGUUUCUACCAUGAUAUUACAGUGGACAUUCCUGUGGAGUUCCAAAAGACCGUCAAGAUCAUGUACAACCUUUGGAUGUUUCAUGCAGGCACGCUCUUUGUGAACAUGUUCGGCUGCCUGGCCUGGUUCUGUGUGGAUGCAUCUCGCGGUGUAGAUUUUGGCCUGGCUAUGCUAUGGUUUCUGCUGUUUACCCCUUGUUCUUUUGUCUGCUGGUACAGACCGCUUUACGGGGCUUUCAGGAGUGACAGUUCAUUCCGCUUCUUUGUCUUCUUCUUCGUCUAUAUCUGUCAGUUUGGAGUUCACGUUCUACAAACUAUUGGCAUCACUGGCUGGGGAACAUGUGGUUGGAUCGCAGCUUUAACUGGUCUGAACACCAGUAUCCCAGUGGGCAUCAUCAUGUUAUUGAUUGCAGCUCUGUUUACUGCACUCUCUGUGGGCUCGCUCAUUAUGUUUAAAAAGGUGCACGCACUGUAUCGUACCACUGGUGCUAGUUUUGAGAAGGCUCAGCAGGAGUUUGCAACUGGGGUCAUGUCUAACAAGACCGUUCAGACUGCAGCUGCCAACGCUGCAGCUAAUGCUGCAUCCAAUGCUGCUCGUGGGGCCUUCAAACCUCAGCCAUAAACUGACACACCCGCAUACAUGCACACAUGCUCACACAUACAAGCAUAUACAAAAAAACACCCAAAAGUUAGAGAUGCACAACUCUGGCCCUGCAGGGUCUCAGAUCAAAUUGAUUCUAUUUAUGAUUGUUGUUAUGCUAAGAUUGCCCUGCAUUGUGCUUAAAAAGCACAAAGAGUCAGAGCCAGAAAUAACAGAGGAGUUAGUCAGAUAAAGUAACCAGAGUUGUUCACCUUAACGUUAAAUCAAAGUUCAGUAAAAGCUAUCUGACAUCCUUCCUGUCUGCUUUUUAGUCAGAUGACUGCUCACAUCCUUUAAAACAUCCACUAAGUGACUCAAGGUUUGCUCUGAGUGUGUGUGGGAUUUCAUUUCACACACUCUCGUUCGCUCUUUUGCUUUCCUUGUUCUUCUGUCAUCUUGGGGAGAUGUUAGGUCAGACAGAGGUUAGCAGUUUUAGCAUAUGUUUUUUUUUGCCAUGGUGAUGACCUCCAAACAGCUUUCUGCCAGGUUAAUACAGUUUAGAGUUAUGUAAAGUGAUAAUCUGAUAUUCACAUAGUUCUGUUUUUUUGUUCACAUACCGAAAGUACAGCAUAUGUUGGCUGGGCCUGUGUGUGAAUACGUACUUCAGAAUUUUAAAUCUGAUUUAUUUGACUUUUUUAAAUUCAGUGUUUGGUCAUUGAGCUCCAAAAGGUCAAUUGUACCUUGUCUUACAAAUGUGCUUCUAUUCUGAGACAAAUACGAUCUUGGUAAUUAAUAUAAGUAGAACAUGUUGAUAUGUUCUUAGUUAAGGACUUGCCUGCAGCCCUCAGCAGUGCCCAAAUGACACCUGUCAGUUGAACAAUUAUGGCCACUUUGUGUGCUACUUUGAUUGGCAAUGUGGGCUGGGUCUGUGGCUUUGACAGCAUGAUAACUACAUGCAUGUUUAGCACACUCAAGGUAGCAGUCAUUCUGUUACAGGUCACCAGUUCUCACCUCAAACCUAAAAGAGGUUUAGUCAGAUGCUUUAAUGGCCGGGUGCACUAAAGGGGAAACACAUUUACAUAUUUUCAUUAUGUAUGUAUGACAUUAACAGACAUCUUGGUUGCUUUGUAGCCCUUUACACUUAGUUAACAACUAACGCUGCUAGUAAUCUGAGAGCCACCAGGUCGUGGCCUCCUGCUGUCAUAUUUUCUGUUGAAAAGGACACGUACCAUUCACUCAUAGGGAGAAUGGAAUGGAGUGACCUGCCUUUUCUCACAGAAGAUGACCUGUGGUAAAGCUAUUUUCUUUUCUAGAGAUUAACCUGCAUAUAUAAAACAGUAAAAACAUUGAUACUGUGUAUAUUUACACAACAUACAAUAACAGUCAGUUUUCAUUUUUACAGACAGAAAAAGUCAGUCCAUUUGUCAGUAUUGGAUUACUGACAUUAGACCUUUCAUAGGCAAAAUGAACAUCAAGAUAACAGGAUUGGACUUGCUGCCCAUUCAGUGAGAUCACUAAGAAGCAUUUAUUUAUAUACAAUAAUAACAGUGUUAUUUAGAACUAAAUUGUACAGACUACAGUCACCGAAGUGAAAUAUGGACGUGGGUUGCAUUUGUGUCAACUUUAGCACCUCUUAUAGUGGUGGUGAGUGUCUGAAGAUGUGAAUGAUAGAUAACUGAUGGCUGUUAUUACAAAUGUAUGGACUGAACAUCAUAGUGGAUUAAAUACUCCUGUGACUGUUAAAAGUUAAAGAUCAAUAAUUGGUUGUGGAAUAAGCCUACAUCUCGACAGUAUUGUUUUUAUUUGGAAAUACUUGUUUUAAAUUAAUUGCACAUUUCUUGUUUUAUGUUGUAUUGUAAAAGACAACAAUGUUUUUAUUUAUGGUGUAAGUUAUGGUUUAAGUUGUUUGCAUUUCAAUUUUGUUUGGUUUAUUUUGACAUUAUGUAUUAUGUUUGUGUGGUUUUGUAAUGACAUGAUCAUAGCAUCAGCUAGGUUUAAAAGUGUUCAAUGACUUUGCAACUUGACCCUGCAAGAAGUGUGCUUGUGUGGAUGAGGAUGUGUGUAGGAUUGGUAUGAAAGGCAAAUCUCCCUCAAGUGUUAUUCUAUGUCCUGAAAAGCUGUGAGAAAUCUACCAAAUGUCCAUAUGGACUUGUUUUUAAAUCUUGGUUUGUGAUGUGCUCCCUUGCCAUGUUUUAUUUUAAGAUAUUACACAUUUGCUACAAACAUCCACAUCAUUUCCAUGAUACUAUAACAGUUGUUAUUUGAAGCAAUGCCACAGUGGGUCAUUUCUUGAUGUAUUUGGGUGUGCUGGUCAGCAGUACAGAAAGAUGUAUUUGAAGUUUUCUGACACAAAACUGUGUUUUUGACGUGUGAACAUGUUAUUUCACUGAAUCAGAGAAGAAACCAAUUCAUAAGGGACACCUGUAUAUUUUGUAAAGUUAAUCAAUUUGAUCCCCAUUAACAUGUAAAAAGAAAAUGUAAUGCACUCUUGUCUGGCCUUUGUUGCAUGUGGAAUAGAUUUGAGUUUUGUAUAUUUAUGGUAUUAACAUGAAAUAAAAUUUGAAAGAAA